AUGGCUCAAGUUGUAGGGAAAAAGUUAGUAGUGGGUAAAGACAACGUUACCCGAACUACCAAAAUCUUAGAUGUGACAGAUAAAAAUUCAAAAGCAAGAAGUAAAAGUAAAAUUCCCAAAACUGUGCGAUAUGAACUGGAAAAUGCAUUAGUCAAUUUGUGCGAUGUGUGGUUUGAUGAAAUAAAGCCGCAUUUAGUGCGCAAUAAGAUAAAGCUACAUAUUCAUCAAGAUGCUGCAGGUGAUGACGAACCCAAGCAAUUACCUCGAGGAGCUCCGGGAAGCUCACACCUCGAUCCAGGUGAAUCCCAUCUACGUCAGCGGAAAAGUGCGAGCUCAGCCGUUUGUUAUCCAACGCAGCAAGCAGCAUCGAAAGUGCAUUGUCGCAAGCCGCCGCAGGAUCCUUUACUGACUCCCCGCCACAGGCUAUUAGCGUUGCCGCCCAUACAGCAACCAAAACAUAGCGAAGGCAACUCAAAACGAAGAACUCGAAGGCGAAGAAAAGUACGCAAACAUACACAAUCUGAGACAAGGUUAAGAAUUCCUCGUCUUUGUAACAAUUUUGGUUUAGAAUCAAAAUCCAAUCAAGUUUAUCAGGAGCCAACGCGCUAUCAAAAGAAUAUCACCAAUGUACAAACUAAUAAAACUAAAAUGAAGACCAAAUACACACAAACAGAGUGUAGAGGGAGUCUUGAUGCUGCUACCAUGCCCAAGUCACCAAAACCACUACAGAGGCCACGAGCUCAGAAAUUGCAGCCGAAUAAAAAUAAAUCUCGGACAAUGGAAUCUCCAUUUUUCAAAACGGAUCUCGUUGAUAUCAUUUGCUCGAAACAUGAAGAUAAUUUAGAAGUAUUAUUUAAAAGUCCAAAUAAAUCUGAGGUGUCAUCAGUACUGAAUUUAGUUCCAAACUCCAGUAAAAAAUGUGCAAAAAAGAAAAUGAUUAAACCAUGGAAAUAA